AUGGGAGCCUGCAAUUCAUGCGAGGUGACGGCGGCGUGCUCGACGGCGAAGGUGAUAGCGGAGGACGGGAGGCUGUUGGAGUUCGCCGCGCCGGUGAAGGUCUUCCAGGUUCUGCUCAAGAGCCCCGGCUCCUUCUUCAUCUGCGACGCCGACGACAUGGAUUUCGAGGACUACGUGAGGGAGGUGGGGGAAGAGGAGGAGCUCCAGCCUGGACAGAUCUACUUCGUCCUCCCGCGCUCCAUGCUCCGCCGGCGGCUUCACUCGGAGGAGAUGGCGGCACUCGCCGUGAAGGCCAGCGCCGCGCUAGUGAAGAGCGGCUGCGCCGCCGCAUUCGGAGGCCAUCUCGGAGAAGGAGAGGAGCUUCGAAGGAGCGUUUCGUCCUGCUCUCCCUCCGAGCCGACGGCCGGCCAGCGGCGGAGCAGGAAGGGGAGUGGCAGUGGCCGUAAUUUCCCGCCCAGAUUGGGUGCCAUUCCAGAAUUCUCCUCGCACGACUGA